CCGACGUUAACGUAAGAGGUAAUAUAAGAGGCGCAUCUUCGAGUUUGCACAUUUUAGUUUUAAAAGCCGGCCGUCGGAGAGCGGGUCAUGUUAGCGAAUUUUAGCAAAAUAUUAAGUUAAUUGGCGCCGGGUAGGAUUUGCUUUGUGUUGUCGGGAUUGAGGUUGUGACGGGAAGCCUGCGUCUCAAGGUCAUAACCAGGCCUACAAGGCCGUAUCCCGUGCCAUGGGGCCGGGAACACUCUUCUAUUUCUUGGCCGCGCUGGCUAUAAUACAUGCCAGCGAGGUUACGCCAAAGAAACCGCCAAAAGAUGAAUUCAAAGCACUAUCGGAAGCGCGAGAGGCUCGCCAAUAUGACCCGUACCAGGGGCAACUUGACAACGAAGUGGUCGUGGACAUAGAGGACGAUGAAAAGAAACAGUAUUAUGAAACCAAUUACGACACAAGUGCAUACGGCUUCGGUUAUGACGUCGGUCCAAACGGGCAGUUCCAUCAUGAGAACCGCGGUCCGGAUGGCGUCACCUAUGGUUGCUAUGGUUACUUGGACCCAGAGAACUUCCUCAGAGUUACCCACUACGUUGCUGACAGUCACGGAUACAGAGUAGUGGAACCCGAGAAACCAGUCGAAGUAUUCCCUGACGAGAAAUAUGAAUACGAUGAAAUCACUGGACAGGCAUUAAACACUCAGCCAGGACAAACAAUCCCGUGGAAGAAACUCUACUUCCCCAAAGGAUGUGGUCGUACUCCCGGCGGAGUUCCAGCCAAACCUUUACCGAAGCCUACGCCCAAGCCACCUCGUCCCAUAGACAGCAGUAGUGAGACCACGAAUGUCAAACCUAUACAAUCUGGACAAGGACCCAAUGGACCUUACGGCCCUGGAUCAGGAUCAUGGCAAGGUCAACCAGGCAAGCCAGGAACUCCAGGCAGGCCUGGUACUCCAGGCACCCCAGGAACCCCAGGCUCUCCCGGCUCUCCCGGCACACCAGGUGGACCAGGAGGUCCAGGUGGUCCCGGCGGCCCCGGUGGUCCAUCAGGCGGUUACUACCCCGGCUCAAGUGGAACUCCAGGCACCGCUGGAUCUCCAGGCACCCCAGGAGGUCCAGGAGGACCCGGCGGUCCUGGAGGCCCUGGAGGACCUAAUGGACCCAAUGGCUCUUCAAGCGGCGGAUACUACCCAGGACAGCCCGGCAGUCCUGGCACUCCAGGAACACCAGGCACUCCAGGAGGUCCCGGUGGACCUGGAGGACCAGGAGGUCCAGGAGGACCUAGUGGACCUAAUGGACCUAAUGGCCCUUCAAGCGGCGGCUACUACCCUGGCCAACCGGGCAAACCUGGCGCUCCUGGAAGCCCAGGAUCACCCGGCACUCCAGGCGGUCCAGGUGGACCAGGUGGACCAGGGGGCCCAGGAGGCCCUGGUGGACCAAAUGGACCUAAUGGCCCUUCAAGCGGCGGAUACUACCCAGGACAACCUGGCAGCCCAGGCACUCCGGGAAGCCCAGGAUCACCAGGCACUCCAGGAGGUCCAGGUGGACCAGGCGGUCCAGGAGGUCCAGGAGGACCAAAUGGACCUAAUGGCCCUUCAAGCGGCGGCUACUACCCAGGUCAACCCGGCAGCCCCGGCUCUCCAGGAAGCCCAGGAUCACCAGGAACACCAGGAGGUCCAGGUGGACCAGGUGGACCAGGCGGUCCAGGAGGACCAAAUGGACCUAAUGGUCCUUCCAGCGGCGGAUACUACCCAGGACAACCAGGCAGCCCUGGCACUCCAGGAAGCCCAGGAUCACCAGGCACUCCAGGAGGUCCAGGUGGACCAGGUGGACCGGGUGGACCAGGAGGUCCAGGAGGACCAAAUAGACCCAAUGGCCCUUCAAGCGGUGGUUACUACCCAGGACAACCCGGUAGCCCCGGCUCGCCAGGAAGCCCAGGAUCACCAGGAACACCAGGUGGUCCCGGAGGUCCCGGUGGUCCCGGUGGACCAGGUGGACCCGGUGGUCCCACCGACACGACAACUUAUCCAGGACAACCAGGACAACCAGGACAAGGAGGCCAUCCUGGACAACCUGGACAACCAGGACAACCAGGACAGCCAGGUGGCCCAGGACAGCCAGGACAAGGAGACCAGCCUGGUAAACCAGGACAGCCAGGUUAUCCAGGCCAACCUGGACAACCAGGACAACCAGGACAAGGAGGACAGCCUGGACAACCGGGUUACCCAGGACAGCCAGGACAACCAGGACAAGGAGGACAACCUGGUCAACCAGGACAGCCAGGCUACCCAGGACAACCAGGACAGCCAGGUGGCCCAGGACAGCCAGGACAAGGAGGCCAGCCUGGUCAACCAGGACAGCCAGGCUACCCAGGACAGCCAGGACAGCCAGGUGGCCCAGGACAGCCAGGACAAGGAGGCCAGCCUGGUCAACCAGGACAGCCAGGCUACCCAGGACAGCCAGGACAGCCAGGUGGCCCAGGACAGCCAGGACAAGGAGGCCAGCCUGGUCAACCAGGACAGCCAGGCUACCCAGGACAGCCAGGUGGCCCAGGACAGCCAGGACAAGGAGGCCAGCCUGGUAAACCAGGACAGCCAGGUUAUCCAGGCCAACCUGGACAACCAGGACAAGGAGGACAGCCUGGACAACCGGGUUACCCAGGACAGCCAGGACAACCAGGACAAGGAGGACAACCUGGUCAACCAGGACAGCCAGGCUACCCAGGACAACCAGGACAGCCAGGACAGCCAGGCUACCCAGGACAGCCAGGACAACCAGGACAAGGAGGACAACCUGGUCAACCAGGACAGCCAGGCUACCCAGGACAACCAGGACAGCCAGGUGGCCCAGGACAGCCAGGACAAGGAGGCCAGCCUGGUCAACCAGGACAGCCAGGUUAUCCAGGACAACCAGGACAACCAGGACAAGGAGGACAACCCGGUCAACCUGGACAACCAGGUUACUACCCUGGACAACCAGGACAGCCUGGACAACCGGGUUACCCAGGACAGCCAGGACAACCAGGACAAGGAGGCCAACCUGGUAAACCAGGACAGCCAGGCUACCCAGGACAACCAGGACAGCCAGGUGGCCCAGGACAGCCAGGGCAAGGAGGCCAGCCUGGUCAACCAGGACAGCCAGGCUACCCAGGCCAACCUGGACAACCAGGACAAGGAGGACAACCUGGUCAAUCAGGACAGCCAGGCUACCCAGGCCAACCUGGACAACCAGGACAGCCUGGACAACCGGGUUACCCAGGACAGCCUGGACAACCGGGUUACCCAGGACAGCCAGGACAACCAGGACAAGGAGGACAACCUGGUCAACCAGGACAGCCAGGCUACCCAGGACAACCAGGACAGCCAGGUGGCCCAGGACAGCCAGGACAAGGAGGCCAGCCUGGUCAACCAGGACAACCAGGACAGCCAGGCUACCCAGGACAGCCAGGCCAGCCGGGACAAGGUGGUCAACCUGGUAAGCCAGGCCAGCCAGGAUACCCAGGACAACCAGGACAAGGUGGACAACCCGGUCAACCAGGACAGCCAGGCUACCCAGGGCAAACUGGACAGUCGGGACAAGGUGGUCAACCUGGUAAACCAGGACAGCCAGGACAGCCAGGACAACCAGGUUACCCCGGUCAGCCUGGACAACCGGGCUACCCCGGACAACCAGGACAAGGAGGCCAACCCAGUAAACCUGGACAGCCGGGCUACCCAGGGCAGCCUGGACAGCAAGGACAGCCAGGAGGCCCAGGCCAACCAGGACAGCCAGGAGGGCCAGGACGUCCUGAAGACCUAACUAAACCCGGUCAGCCAGGAUACCCAGGACAACCUGGUGGUCCAGGACAACCAGGACAGCCUGGAUACCCAGGACAACCUGGACAACCAGGAUACCCAGGACAGCCUGGCAAACCAGGUCAGCCAGGAUAUCCAGGACAACCAGGACAACCUGGACAACCUGGACAACCAGGCCAGCCUGGAUACCCAGGACAAUCAGGUGGUCCCGGACAGCCAGGACAACCUGGCAAACCAGGUCAGCCUGGACAACCAGGGUACCCAGGGCAGCCAGGACAACCAGGACAACCAGGAUACCCAGGACAACCAGGUGAACCCGGACAACCAGGAUACCCAGGACAGCAAGGUCAACCAGGAGGUCCCGGACAACCAGGGCAACCUGGUCAGCCUGGACAGCCAGGAUUCCCAGGUGAAUCAGGACAACCUGGCCAACCAGGAUACCCCGGAAAACCAGGACAGCCGGGAUACCCAGGUCAACCAGGACAACCAGGUAAACCAGGUCAGCCUGGUCAGCCAGGAUACCCCGGACAACCAGGACAACCAGGCACACCAGGUCAGCCUGGACAACCAGGACAGCAAGGUCAACCAGGAUAUCCAGGACAACCUGGCAAACCAGGACAGCCCGGUCAACCAGGAUACCCCGGACAACCAGGUGGCCCUGGACAACCAGGAUACCCCGGACAACCAGGACAACCAGGACAACCAGGAUAUCCAGGACAACCAGGUGAACCAGGCCAACCAGGAUACCCAGGACAGCCUGGUCAGCCCGGCCAACCAGGAUACCCAGGACAGCCAGGCCAGCCGGGAUACCCAGGGCAACCAGGUCAGCCUGGCUACCCUGGACAGCCAGGACAGCCAGGAUACCCAGGACAGCAAGGACAACCAGGUGGUCCAGGACAGUCAGGUCAACCAGGGCAACCAGGAGAGCCCGGCCAACCAGGAUACCCAGGACAGCCUGGCCAGCCCGGCCAACCAGGAUAUCCGGGACAGCCAGGCCAGCCGGGAUACCCGGGGCAACCAGGACAACCUGGACAGCCAGGCAAGCCUGGUCAACCUGGCCAACCAGGUUACCCAGGACAGCCAGGACAGCCAGGAUACCCAGGACAGCAAGGACAACCCGGUGGUCCAGGACAGCCAGGCCAGCCUGGACAACCAGGAUAUCCAGGACAACCAGGUCAACCAGGAGAACCUGGAAAACCAGGACAGCCUGGCCAACCAGGACAACCAGGAUACCCAGGACAGCAAGGACAACCCGGUGGUCCAGGACAGCAAGGACAGCCAGGCCAGCCCGGACAACCAGGAUACCCAGGACAACCAGGACAACCAGGAGAACCUGGAAAACCAGGACAGCCUGGCCAGCCAGGAUACCCAGGGCAACCCGGCCGGCCUGGCCAGCCAGGACAACCCGGCAAGCCUGGUCAGCCAGGACAACCAGGAUAUCCAGGACAACCAGGUCAACCAGGAGAACCAGGAAAACCAGGACAGCCUGGCCAACCAGGACAACCAGGCUACCCAGGACAGCAAGGACAACCCGGUGGUCCAGGACAGCAAGGCCAGCCUGGACAACCAGGAUAUCCAGGACAACCAGGUCAACCAGGAGAACCUGGAAAACCAGGACAGCCUGGCCAACCAGGACAACCAGGCUACCCAGGACAUCAAGGACAACCCGGUGGUCCAGGACAGCCAGGACAGCCAGGCCAGCCCGGACAACCAGGAUACCCAGGACAACCAGGACAACCAGGCGAACCUGGAAAACCAGGACAGCCUGGCCAGCCAGGAUACCCAGGGCAACCCGGCCGCCCUGGCCAGCCAGGACAACCCGGCAAGCCUGGUCAACCUGGACAACCAGGAUACCCAGGACAGCAAGGACAACCCGGUGGCCCAGGACAGCCAGGACAACCAGGCCAGCCCGGACAACCAGGAUACCCAGGGCAACCAGGACAGCCUGGUCAGCCAGGACAACCAGGAUAUCCAGGACAACCAGGUCAACCAGGAGAACCAGGAAAACCAGGACAGCCUGGCCAACCAGGACAACCAGGCUACCCAGGACAGCAAGGACAACCCGGUGGUCCAGGACAGCCAGGACAGCCAGGCCAACCCGGACAACCAGGAUAUCCAGGACAACCAGGUCAACCAGGAGAACCAGGAAAACCAGGACAGCCUGGCCAGCCAGGAUACCCAGGGCAACCCGGCCAGCCUGGCCAGCCAGGUCAGCCAGGUCAACCUGGAUACCCAGGACAGCAAGGACAGCCCGGUGAUCCAGGCCAGACCGGACAACCAGGAUACCCAGGACAACCAGGCCAGCCAGAACAACCAGGUCAACCAGGAUACCCUGGACAGCAAGGGCAACCCGGUGGUCCAGGUCAGCCAGAGCAGCCAGGCGGCCCCGGACAACCAGGACAACCAGGACAACCCGGGCAACCUGGGCAACCUGGAUACCCAGGACAACCAGGUGAACCAGGACAACCAGGACAGCCUGGUCAACCAGGACACCCAGGACAACCCGGAUACCCAGGACAGCCAGGCCAACCAGGACGACCAGGUCAACCAGGACAACCCGGAUACCCAGGACAGCCAGGCCAACCAGGACGACCAGGACAGCCAGGACAGCCAGGAGGCCCUGGACAACCUGGUCAACCAGGAUACCCAGGACAACCAGGACAACCGGGUUACCCAGGACAACCAGGCCAACCAGGACAACCAGGUCAACCAGGACAGCCGGGACACCCAGGACAGCCUGGACAGCCAGGAGGCCCUGGACAACCUGGUCAACCAGGAUACCCAGGACAACCAGGACAACCAGGUCAACCAGGACAGCCGGGAUACCCAGGACAGCCAGGACAGCCAGGAGGCCCUGGACAGCCUGGUCAACCAGGAUACCCAGGACAACCAGGACAACCGGGUUACCCAGGACAAUCAGGCCAACCAGGGCAGCCGGGAUACCCAGGACAGCCAGGACAGCCAGGAGGCCCUGGACAGCCUGGUCAACCAGGAUACCCAGGACAACCAGGACAACCAGGAUACCCAGGACAGCCAGGCCAACCAAUUCAACCAGGACAAUACCCAGAUUCUGAAACGUCACCGUCUGGCACCGGAGUACAACCACCUGCAACUGUACCAUCAAGUCAAAUGCCACCAUUCCCUAUCUACGUUAUUCCGUACCCGCUGCCCAUCGUCCCUAGUCCAGCGUCUUGCCCGUGCUAUUUACUUAAACCAGGACAGAACGAAACGAGCGUACAAGGACAAGGACCUCAAGCAACGGCUCCACCUCACUAUCAGAACCAGCCGCAGUACCCACCGUACGGCAUCAUUGGAUUCGUUCCCGUAGUAUUCGUACCAUACUGCCCAGGAAACGCUUCCAACAUGAAUAGCGCUCAACAGAAUUUCCCUAAUGCUGUCCCUGUUCAAUACAGCUGCAACCAAUGUCAAGCUAGCAGUGAUAUCUAUCGAUACUUAGGCAGACUUAAUGGAGGACGCAGUACUAACUUCAAGGAUCUCAAGGAUCUUAAAGAUCUCAAAGAAAUUAAAUCUCUAACUGAAUUAGAUGACCUCCUAAGAAAUCAAAUCAAACCAUUAGAGAAGAGUAUACGCACAAUCGCCGCUCACCCGCGGAUACUAGACGAAACGAACGACAAAAAUGAAAAGAAACAGAUAAUUGAAACAAAGAGUCAAAGAAGAAGAACUAGAACCGGUAGAACUAGGGUCUCUAAAAACUAAAUAGGUAUAUAUAUAUAAUUAUGUAUACCAAGAAUCUUCAUAACCUCUUUUUGGUAUACGAUUUAAGAUAAUUUUGAGACUGUCCGAUUUAAAGAAAUUCUUGGACGGUCUCAAAAUUUGAUAAAAUGACGUCAAGCACAAUAUUUAUUACCCGCAAAUAGAU